UCCGCGCCUUCUUCCGCCGUCCCACGGUUACCGCGGCAACGGCGCCAUCGGCGGCGCGGGGAGCGCGGGCCCGGCGGCAGGAUGAUGCUCUCCCGGGCCAAGCCGGCUGUGGGAAGCACCCCGCCGCAGGGAGACAGACGGAGGAAGAAAGGGAAGAAGGUGCCGCAGCUGGAGGAGCUGCUGGCCGGGAGGGAUUUCACCGGCGCCAUCGCCUUGCUGGAGUUUCAGCGACACGCGGGUGAGCAGCAGGAGGAUGCUGACCUGUGGAUCGGGUACUCUGCCUUCCAUCUGGGUGACUACAAGAGAGCUCUGGAGGAAUAUGAGGCCUUGACCAAACAACCAUCUUGCAAUCCUGAUGUUUGGGUGAACCUUGCGUGUACCUACUUCUUUCUGGGAAUGUAUACACAAGCUGAACAAGCAGCCUUGAAAGCACCUAAGAGUCGUCUUCAGAACCGUUUACUCUUUCACCUGGCACAUAAGUUCAGUGAUGAGAAGAAACUGAUGAGCUCUCACCAAAAUCUGCAAGACAUUACAGAGGAUCAGCUUAGCUUGGCAUCUAUCCACUACAUGCGGUCCCACUACCAAGAAGCUAUUGAUAUCUACAAAUGCAUUCUUCUUGAAAAUCGGGAGUACUUGGCUCUGAAUGUGUAUGUGGCUCUAUGCUAUUAUAAACUGGAUUACUAUGAUGUAUCACAAGAAGUGCUAGCUGUUUAUCUUCAGCAAGUUCCUGACAGCACCAUUGCUCUUAACCUCAAGGCUUGUAACCAUUUCCGACUAUACAAUGGAAAGGCUGCUGAGGCAGAACUCAAGAACUUGACGGACAGUGCCUCAUCAUCUUUUGAGUUUGGGAAAGAGCUCAUUAAGCAUAAUCUGGUGGUGUUCCGAGGAGGAGAAGGGGCUUUGCAGGUGCUGCCUCCUCUGGUUGAUGUUAUUCCUGAGGCAAGACUGAAUCUUGUGAUUUACUAUCUCCGGCAAGAUGAUGUGCAGGAGGCUUAUAACCUGAUUAAAGACUUGGAACCUACAGCUCCACAGGAGUAUAUCCUCAAAGGAGUGGUAAAUGCAGCUCUUGGACAAGAAAUGGAUUCGAGAGAUCAUCUGAAAAUUGCUCAGCAGUUCUUCCAGUUGGUGGGUGAAUCAGCCAGUGAAUGUGAUACCAUUCCAGGGAGACAGUGCAUGGCCUCCUGCUUCUUUCUUCUUAGACAGUUUGCUAACGUCCUGAUUUACCUCAACUCAGUCAAGAGUUACUUUUACAAUGAUGACACUUUUAACUUCAACUACGCCCAAGCCAAAGCUUCCAUGGGCCUUUUUAGUGAAGCUGAAGAGGUGUUCCUUUUGAUCCAGAGUGAGAAGAUAAAGAAUGAUUUUGUUUACCUUAGCUGGCUGGCUCGCUGCUAUAUUAUGAAUAAGAAACCACAGUUGGCCUGGAAGCUCUAUCUGAAGAUGGAGACCUCAGGGGAGUCCUUUAACCUAUUGCAGCUCAUUGCAAAUGAUUGCUACAAAAUGCGUCAGUUUUACUAUGCAGCCAAAGCAUUUGAUGUCCUGGAGAGACUGGACAGUAAUCCUGAAUACUGGGAAGGCAAGAGAGGUGCUUGUGUUGGUGUCUUUCAAAUGAUCUUAGCUGGCCGAGAAGCAAAAGAGACUCUGCGGGAAGUACUGCAUCUCCUGAGAAGCACUGGUAAUUCUCAAGUGGAAUACAUUAUCCGCAUCAUGAAAAAGUGGGCCAAAGAGAACCGAGUCCCUGUCUAAGCCAGUGUCACAAAAUGAGCAGGGACUUUCAGACGUGAAGCAGGUUGACCAAGCUGAGCAACAGUGUCAUUCAAUGAGACUGCGAAACAGCCAGCAAUUUUGGGUUUUAUUUUGUUUGGUUUUGUGGGUUUUUUUUGUUUGUUUUGUUUUGUUUUGUUUGUUUUUGUUCAUUAAAGCAUUAUUGAUAUUUUUUUCUAUGUAAAGAGUUCUAUAUACUACCUGCUUAGGGUAAAAAUACAAACUACAUUCUGAACACUGUCCUUUUCUGGAUAAAUCGUCUCUUUUACUUAUAUCUGAAAGAGCUGUUAUCUCUCUUAACACUAAUUCUGAAGAUGAAGGUUAAUCAGUCCCAAACGCUGAGAUUCAGAUUGGCUUAUUUGUUCUCUAGGUUAGUAACAAAGCAUGAUGAUAGCAUCAAUUUCAGUGCAUGAAGGUUUGACUGACCUGAGUGUUUAAUCUUGCUUUGUUGAUGUUCAAAAGAACCAGAGCUGAAUCUUCUGAAUAAUUUUCUUCAGCACUUACUACCCUAGUUGCAAAUAAAUUUACUAUGCUUUUGAGGUAAGUACUGUAAUGUGUUCUGAGGAGAACAGUUCAGGACACAUGAUUCUAAAAGAAGACAAUAGUUGUAACACAAAAAUAUAUUAUAUGGUUUGCAGUGAAAAACAUUUGUAUAUUAUUUGUAAAAGUAAAAUUUACAAUUUGUAAAUGUGUAAAAUACUUCUGAAGUAUUUUUGUAUCUUUUUUUUGGAGGGAGGGGAGUCUGGAUGCAUCUCUGUGCUUUGAUUAAAGCUCUUAAUUGAAUCUACAGUUGAAUGUUGGUCUGUGUCGCUUCAUGCUGAAGGAAUUCAAAUAGUAUAUUCAUUUAGCUGUGGAAAAGGAUAGAUCUAUGUCUGUUUGUUAAAUGUAUGUUCAGUAGUCAUUCAAAGGCAAGCCAGUGGCCUCGGCCCUGAUUUCGAAGCUGAAAAUUAGGAGGCUGGGUUUCUAUGAAACAUACAUGGUUCUUGGCCAUAUAACAUCAGUGUCUUUUACCACUUAAAGCAAAAACUGUGGUUAUCAUCAUUCAGGUAUCUGGAAAUACACUGAUCAUUGUGGUUAUUUGCAUUUACUUGGAAUCUAGAGAAUAGAUAAGCAAUAAUAGAGGCUUUCACAAGGGCUGUGGCAACAAUACACUGAUCAAAAGAGAAGGUGUGAAAAGAGCAUGAAGUAUUUUCCCUGAAAGCAGUUACAAAACACAUUUCACUUGGAAAAGGCAUUUUUGUCUUCCCUCCUGAUUUAAUUAACAGAUCAGGAACACUACUUUAAGUCUUGUACAAAACUUCAAAAAAUCAUGUUGGUGGCUUUGUAACAGAUGUUAAAUGCAUCUAAUUAAUCCCUUUAUUGAAGGUUAACCUGCAGGAGAGCUGAAGAGCAUCCAAAUCCAUUGCAGACCAUUUUACGUGUUGGAUGAAACUUGUGGAGGAAGUGCGUUGGCAUUGUUGCAUAUGGGCUCAGGGACUCAUUUAAAAUUCUCUGAUCAGUGGAGAAGUUUUUGAAAAUGUUGCCUUUGUUCACUAUAGUUAUAAAGUCAUAUUUAAUAUGCUAAAUAAUGUGUUUUUUAGCACAGUACAUUUUAUUGACUGAUAAUAUUUAUCAUUUAAGUUGUAAGGAACUGGGGACUGCAGGCUUUUGCCUUGUGUGGUGACAAAAUAGGACAAUACAUUAAGGUAUUGUCCUAGCACUUAAAAGUACUAGUAAUGGAACAGAAAUGUAGGUACUACUAAAAUGCAGAAGAAAUGCUGAAAUAUUGAUGUUUUGUUUACCAAAGAAGUAUGUUCAAGAACAAAAAUGUGAUAGAAGUUGCCUCAGUUGAUACAGAAAGAGAAUGGAAAACUUCUAAAGCUGUUUCUCUGGUAGUCAGCAGAACUUGAUCUCUGCCCAGAGAGAACUUCCCUGAACUGUAGGAAUUUAAGGAGUCACUAAAUAGGAAAGCUGGGAGCAAAGGGAGAUGUGCAAAACAACAAACACCACGUGGCCCUGUGCUCAUUGCCUCCCAAGUGGGAUA